AUGAUCGAAGACGUCCUGGAAUCCCAAAAGAAGUACGACGACAUUCGCGGCGAAGAGUUCGCAAAUGGCCUCAUCUCUUUGUAUGGCGAAUCGGGCAUGUUCGAACAUGCACGCAAGAUGUUUGAUGAAAUGCCUGAGCUGAAUUGUGAGCGCACUGCGAGGUCUUUCAAUGUGCUCUUAAAGGCUGCCUUUAACGCGAAGAAGUUCAGCAAAGUUGUCGAGCUUUUCAAGGAGUUUUCUCCCAGAGUUUCUGUGGAACCAGACGUGUACUCGUAUACCAUAUUUAUUCAUGCACUCUGCGAGAUGGGCUCUUUAGACGAUGCGCUUUUGGCGUUUCAUGAAAUGGAGAGCAACUGGAAAUUGCGAGGAAUUUUCGGUGGCAAUGCUGGAUUAAAGGCUGAUGAAUUAGUUAGUGAGAUGGAGAGAAAGGGAAUUAAACCUGAUUUCAAGUGGCAGACUUUCGUGACGCUUAUUCCAGCUUGUUGCAAUGCGGGUGAUCUCAUUAUGGCGUAUGAACUUUGCUUGGAGGCUAUUAAUCAUCGGCUGCUUCUCAAAGCUGAAGUGUUUAAGAAUGUGGUUGAUGGUUUGGUCGAGAAGGCAAAGUAUGCUGAAGCGUCGAAGCUUGUAAAACUGGUAAAUUCUGCUGACUACAUAAACUAUGAGCUAGAGUCGCUGAGGGUCAUGUAG